CAGCAGCGUCAAAGUUCAGUUCAGUUCAGUUCUUUAACACUGAUCAUUCUUCAAGAGGAUUUAGCGGAUUAUUCUCAAAUCAUGAAUUUCUUGCCUACGACGAAAGUUUGUUAUUGGCACUGACUGUGUUUAGGAGGUGAGAAGAGAAGGAAACUGACACAGUCAUGGAAAAACGGGUAGAUGGAGAGGAAUCAGAUGGCCGAUUUCGAGAGCUUCAGGAGCAGCGGAUGACGGUGCAGAAGAAGACCUACACAAAAUGGAUGAACAGCGUCUUCUCAAAGAGUGGGGUUGUCUUGACUGAUGUAUUCACCGAAUUAAGAACUGGUGUGCAUCUCGUGCGACUUCUGGAGCUCAUUUCUGGAGAGAAGUUGCCCACUCCCAGUCGACGCACACUAAGAGUUCACUGUCUGGAAAACAACAGCAUUGCCAUCACUUUCCUCAAAUCAAAGAUCCGUGUAGAUCUGAUUGGUCCAGAAAAUGUGGUGGAUGGAGACAGAACCCUGAUCCUGGGUCUAAUCUGGAUCAUCAUUCUCCGCUUCCAGAUUGGGAACAUCAAUAUAGUUGAGGCCGGCGGGGAUGCCAGUGCGGCUCGGCGCUCAGCCAAAGAAGCUCUGCUCAUCUGGUGUCAACGUAAGACUGCCGGUUACACCAAUGUAAAUGUGCAAGACUUCUCAGGCAGCUGGAGAGAUGGACUGGCCUUCAAUGCUCUAAUUCAUGCCCAUCGGCCUGAUCUUUUUGACUACAACCGACUCCGCCAGGAUGAUCCAAAAAGGAGCCUCACCCAUGCUUUCGCUCUGGCAGAGGAUGAAUUUGGCAUAAUGCAGCUCCUCGAUGUUGAAGAUGUGAUGGUGCCCCAUCCUGAUGAGAAGUCCAUCAUGACUUACGUCUCUCUGUACUAUCACUACUUCUCAAAAAUGAAGCAGGGGCAGACUAUCCAGAAGAGGAUAGCUAAGAUUGUGGACCUUCUGAAAGAGCUGGAUGAUAUGAAGGGUCUGUAUGAGAGUAUGGUGUCUGACUUGCUACGCUGGAUCAAGACCAAGGUGGUGGAGCUCAAUGACCGUUCCUUCCCCAACUCCCUGCGAGAAAUGCAGCAUCUGGUAGCUGCCUUUAAGAAAUACCGUACUAUUGAGAAGCCUCCCAAAUACCAGGAACGGGGGGCCAUUGAGGCACACCUCUUCGACUUACGAACCAAGCUGAGGGCAAACAACCAGAGGGACUACAUUCCUCCGGAAGGCAAGACCUUGGGGGAUAUUGAAAGGAACUGGACCUUGCUAGAGCGAGCAGAACACCAGCGAGAACGGGUUCUCCAGAGUGCACUGAUGAGGCUGGAGCAGCUGGAGCAGUUGGCCCAGAAGUUUGGCCGUAAAGCGACGCUGAGGGAGAGCUACCUGGAGGACACUCUGCAACUGAUUCAACAACAAGACCUGGGAGGACUGCAGAGGCUGGAGGAGGCUGAGAUAGCAGCUCGCAGACUGGAGGCCCUGGGAGCUGAUGUUUUGGCACAUGAACCACGUUUCCGUGCUUUAAGUGAAAUGGCUGCUGUCAUCGAGAGGGAUAACUACCACAGCAAAGUACAAGUGAUUCGCAGAAAUGUGGACAUCAUGAACCGCUGGAAGGAUUUGAAGCAGGUUCUGCAGGAGCAGAGAGCACAUGUUGGAGAUGCGGCAAAUACAUUUGCUGUCCUUAGAGACAUUGAGUUAAUAUCAAUGGACCUCAAGGAAUUACAGGCUCAGGCAGAUUCCUCGGACAUGGGAAAACAGCUGCCAGAUGUGGUAGCCCUACUGCAAAAGCAGGACUUGAUUGACACUCAGAUCAUCUCACUUGGUGAAACUCUGAAUGCCAUCAGUAGUAGCAGUGCCUUAAAAGUUAAACACAAAGGUGCCACAAAAGUCCAGAGAGAACUUAAAGAUCUAAAUAGCCAUUACAACUCCCUACUGGGUCUCAGCAAGAACAGGAGAAAAGCUCUUGAGGGACAGCUGAAGCUCUUUGAGUUUUUCCAUGAUUGUGAAGAAGUAGAAGCAUGGAUCUAUGAGAAAUGGGUCCUCUUACAGGCAGCAUCACUAGGGAGAGACCUCAGUCAAAUUCAGCAGGCCAUUCAGAACCACAAGGCUUUGGAGGCAGAGAUUCAGUCACAGGAAUCUCUGUGCUCUGGGGUUGUAUUUAGAGGACAAGAGCUUUGUAGAGGGAGACACCCUAAUGAGAAUGACAUCCAAAAGUGGAUUCGGACUCUUCAGAAACAGUGGCAGCAACUUAAAGAACAAGUCACCAUCCGAAAGAACCGGCUGCAUGCUGCCAAUGUCAUCAAGCAGUAUUUUGCAGACAUUACUGAAGCCAGCUCUUGGCUUGAUGACCACAAACCACUUCUCAUUGACGAGGAUUAUGGAAAGGAUGAGGCCAGCUCUACUGCUCUGCUCCAGCGUCACCAACGAGUGGAGAAAGAAAUGGAAGCAUAUUCCUCAGAAGUCAAACGACUGGGUGAGCAGGCCAAGAGCGCUGCCCAACUUGCUCCUCUUACAACUGAAACCCAGCAAACGAGAAUGGUCCACUACAGUGAUUCAUCAGAUGGCGAAGAUGAGAAGGAGAAAAAAGCUGACAAAGGAGGCAAAGCAGUCAGCAAGAUUUUACAACAAGAACAAGCAAUGAUUAGGUUUAAAUACAGAGGCCCUAAACUAAUCUGGGACAGAGGAGAAAUAUUGACAAUUAUCAGCAGGGAAAAGGAUGAUAAGUUGCUUCUUCGGGACAGCAGAGGAAAUGAGCAACUAGUCUCUUCCACAUACAUCAGGGAGCUGCCAGUUUCUCAGGAAGCACCACCUGAAACUACAAACGGAGUAGCUGAGAGUCCAAAAAGAAAAGUGAGCCGCCCUCGCCGCACUCGAUCCAUGCGGCGUGGCACAGCUGAAAUAUCUACCUCAACCUUACCAGACCCACAUUUCCAAAAAGACACAAUAGAGAGCACACAAAACAGUCUGGAAAAGGAUUUCAACCGCCUUUACAAUUUAGCACAGUCAAAAAAUAAGAUCCUGGAGGACACUGCACGACUACACAGAUUCUACAAUGCUUGUGAGGAGUUUGAGUCCUGGAUGGGAGACAAGGAGAAUGUCCUCAACACUUUCAGCUCCAAUUCCAACAACUUAGAGGUUGUACAAGCCAAAUAUGAGAAUUUUGUAACUGAACUAGCCAGUGGUAGAAAGCAGCUUGAUGAUAUUACCAAGUUUGGAGAUGAGCUAUUGAAACAACAGCACAGCAGGAAAAAAGACAUUCAGCAAAGACUUGGAAUUGUUACUCGCAGAUGGGAACGUAUUCAGAAACUAAAGGAUGAGAUGGCUCAUGAGCUUCUGAGUUCUGCUGAUGUGAAGUCCUUCCUGCAGACCUGCCAGGAAGUCCAAGCUCAGCUCCAGCACAGACUCGCCCAGCUUGACACACCUGAUGUGGGGAGCUCACCAUCAGCCUUACAAGCUGAGGAACACAGACAAGCCCAAGCUGAAAGGGACAUAGAAGCCCUUGAAAGGAAAAUAGACUAUCUUAAAAGUGUGGCCAAGAUGAAAAAGGACUGUAGUCCUGCAGAAAGUGCUGCUAUCAUGGAAGAAGUACAUGCUCUGGAAGACUUGUUGCGGCAGUUAAAGGCUCAAGCCAUUCAAAGACAACGAAUGCUUGAAGAAGCCAGACGCUUGCAACUCUUUCAAAAAGAGACCAGAGACCUGUUGAUGUGGGCUGAGGCAACACAGGAGCAUCUUCUGGAAGAGGAGACAGGAUCUGAUGUAGCAUCGGCUCAAGCCUUGUUGAAGGAGAACCUUGAUCUCAAGCAGGAGAUUGAACUGCAGAAAGCAAAAUUAAAAGAUAUGGAGAGGCUGGGUCAGUCUCUUGACGUGGCAUCUGGAGAGAAAGGAGGUAAAGAUGUUCAGCAGACACUUACAAAGUUGGAUCAUGAGUGGAGCCAGCUGGACAAACUGUGGUCUAGUCGCAACAGAAGGCUUGAACAAGGACUGGAGUUUCAGAAACUGAAUAUGGAAGCAGAUCGUAUUGAGGCCACCAUUUCUGGUCAUGAAGCCAGACUUAAAGUCAGAGACUUAGGGGACUCUGUGGACAGUGUUCACAGUUUAUUGAGCCGACAAGAAGAGCUUGAGGCUUUGCUUGAGGCUCUAGAGCGGUCUAUUAUCCUCUUUCAAGACAAGUGCCAGGAGCUCAUCAGCAAGCGUAACUUUGCUGCUAAAGAAAUUCAACAGCGAUCAAAGGUCAUUCAAGAUCAUUUCAAGAGGCUGAAAGAAAGUUGUAAAUUAAGGAGGCUUGAAUUACUUGCUUCGAAAAAGUACCAGGAAUUUUUAAGAGAUGCUGAGGAGAUGCUGUUGUGGAUGGAUGAAAAGUUUGAGAUCGCUGAGGAUGAAUCGUACAGAGAUCCAACCAACAUCCUUCGUAAGCUUAAAAAACAUGAGGCAGCAGAAAAAGAGAUGCAGGCCAAUGCAGUUCGCAUAGACAGACUAAUUGAGACUGGAGAGAAGAUGUUGGCAGAUGAUCACUACAACACCCAGAGCAUUCAGAAAAAGACUCAAGAGGUACACAAAAGGUGGAUUGAACUUCAGAGGAAGAUGGCUGAAAGAGGGGACAAGCUGCGACAGGCUGGCCAACAGGAGCAACUCAUGGAGCUGCUGCAGGAUGCUAAAUUGAAGAUUGAGGCAAUUGAGAGAAUGCUACAAAAUGCAAUCAGGGGUCAUGACCUCCGCUCCAGCAGACAGCUACUAAAAGAGCACAAGCAGCUGGAAGAGGAAGCUCAAGAACUUGCUGAGAAAAUCAAUUCUAUUGUCACCCGUGCCAAAAACCUGGCCACCAACCAUUUUGACUCUCAGCGCAUUCUCAAGGAGACUGACACUUACCUGAAACUAUUUAAGUCUCUAGAGAAACCUUUGGAUCAUCGCAGGAGCCAGUUAGAGGCAGAUGUGGAUCUAUACAGCUUUUACCAUGAUGUAGACCUAGAGCUAAACUGGAUAUCAGAGCAUCAGCCUGUAGCUGAUACUACAAACUAUGAGAGAUCACUGGUUGGGGCAGUUAGCCUUCUUCAAAAACAUAAGGACCUGCAGGCGGAGGUGAAUGCCCACAGCAAGUACCUGCAGCGAGUACUGGACAGAGGACGAGCCAUGGCCCGAUCCAAUCAGUGGAAUGGUCAGGAGGUGCAGCAGAGGUGUGAGCAAUUGAUCGCAAAGUGGGAAGAGUUAGAGGAAUCCUGCAAGAAACGCUCCGGAGAACUUAACAGGGCUGUUACACGGGAACAGAUUCUGCUUGACUGCACUGAGCUGGAAACCCUUGUGUCAGAAACAUCAGCUUUAGUCAGCACUGAUUAUGGCAAGACUGAAUUAGCUACCCGCAGUCUAAUAAAGCAACACGAGGGAGUGGAGGGGCAAAUCGAGGUACUUGCUGCUCAAGUAGAUGAACUCAAGUCCAAUGUCAAGCAGGCUGUACGUGUGUGGGGUUUAGAGGAGUUGAACAAGCCCUGCAACCACAUUAAAUCUAAGCUGAGUGAGCUUCAACACUCAGCGACAGUCAGAGAACAGAGGCUUCGAGAGACUCUACACCUACAUGAAUUUAAGCGUGAGACUAGUGAACUGGAGGAAUGGAUUGCUCAGCAGACACAGAUUGCAGCCUCUAAUGAUCUUGGGAGUGAUUAUGAAAAUGCAAUGCAACUGCGUGGGAGAUUUGAGGUCUUCUUGAAGCAGCUGGAGGUGGGAAAGGAGAGGAUGCACACCUGUGAACAGUUGGCUGACAAACUCAUCAAAAGCAAUCACCCUGAGAGUCGCUUCAUCCGAGAAACACAGAAUCUGCUCAGAGAAUCGUGGGACGAGCUGCAGGAUUUAUCGAAAGAUCGUAAAGAAAAGCUUCGUAAGUCUGAAAAAUGUCACAAAUUCUACAAAGACCUGACCGAUGCACUGGGACAGAUCAAGGAGAGGCACAAAACCAUUCCUGAAGACAUAGCCAAAGAUCUGAAAGGAGUGCAGUCACAGCUACGCAAACAUGAAGCUCUUGUGCACGAGCUGGCUGGAACUGAGCAACAGCUGCAGGAGCUGUUGGAUGGAACCGAUGCUAUUUUGGGCAUGUGCUCUCCUGAGCUGCGGGUGGGGUUGCAGGAACUACAACAGGAGGUGGUGGAGAACUGGGAGCGGCUCCGCAUGCGGAUGGAGCAGAGAGAAGAGGAGCUGCAAUCGGCUAAAGACCGCUACAUGUUCCUCAACACGGCACAGGACUACUCCCUGUGGUGCUCUCAGGUGCUGAGCUGGAUGAAGGCAGAGGAGUCCAUUCGAGACGUUGCCACCUGUGACCUGCAGUUGUUCCAGCACCAGCAGUUGUGGGCUGAGAUUGUGGCCCGUGAGGAGACGUUUGCCCAGGCUGUGUCAAUGGGUCAAGGCCUUCUGGAGAAUGACAUACCUAAUGCUAGAGAGAUCCAGGAGAAACUGAAAGCUCUGCAAGAAGAGAGAGAGAAGCUUUCCGAUAACUGGCAGCUCAGGCAGAAAUGGCUGGAGAACACAUAUCUGGAGCAGGUGUUUUACAGAGACACUGAGUACAUGGAGAAGAUCACCAACUCUCAAGAGAUCCAGUUGAAGAACAGUGAUUUAGGAACGACAGUGGAUGAUGUUGAAAGUUUGAUUAAGCGCCAUGAGGCCUUUGAAAAACUUCUUCAUUCUCAGGAAGAUAAGAUGGUGGCUCUUCAGGAAUCAGCAGAGCGUUUAAAGACAGAAGGUUUAACACGAGAAAAAAACAGCAAUAUUAAGAACAAACUCAAAGCUCUUCAGGAAAGGAGGGAACGGAUUAAAGAUCUGUCUGGCAAACGAAGAGAGGAUCUUGAGGUCUCAAAGCUUCACUGUAUUUUCAGCCGAGAUGUGUCUGAGGCAGAGGAAUGGAUCACAGAUCGUAUGAACAAGAUACAAGAUGACUCCAAAAUGGACAUGAGCAACCUUCAGACUAAAAUGAAGAUGCUGCAGAAGCAUCAGGUGUUUGAAGCUGAGAUUCUGGCCCAUGGAAAUAUCAUUGAAUCUGUCCAGCAGGCUGGAAAUGAGCUGGUGACCAUGCAUCACCCAAAAUCAAAGGAGAUACGCCAGACUGUUUCAGCGCUCAUCUCUCAUUGGAAGGCUCUAAAGCAAGAGCUUGCGGUGCGUGGAAAGGUUCUAGAGGAUAACCGUGAUUUUCUUGAGUUCCUGCAGAAAGUGGAACAGGUUGAAGUUUGGAUUAGGCAAAAGGAGGUGAUGAUAAAUGUUGGAGAUGUCGGGGAGGAUUAUGAACACGGUCAGCAGCUGCUGAAGAAGCUCAGUGAAUUCAGAGGGUCAGGCUCUGGAGAUGUGACUGUUGACGAUGCUCACAUCAAGACAAUCAACACUUUGGCCGCUCGACUUGAGAGACAGAACAGUGAUGAGCUGGUGACUGUGAAAAAGCGUAGGCAGCAGCUCAAUGAAAGAUGGAGGAAUUUCCAUGGCAACCUGAGCAGCUAUAAGAGGAAGCUGGAGGCAGCGUUGGAGGUCCACGCAUUGAUCCGAGAACUAGAGGAGGUCCGGGACAGAGCUGGAGAGAAGAUGCUGUUGCUCCAGGGUCAGGGUUGCGGGUUGGAUGUUGAAAGUGUGGAGAACCUCAUUCGCAGACAUGAAGAGAUGGAGAGGGAGGCCAGGGUCAUCCAGGAGAGAGGCGCUGCCCUGGAAAAGGAGACUAAAGAUCGGUUGAAGAGACACUGCGAUCUGUCUGACAAACUUAGCAAGAAGCAGGAAGAGGUCAAAAUUGCUUUAGUCAAGCUGGACAAGGAAAUCAAACGAAGGAAGGAGCGAUUGCAGGAGUCUCAUCAGCUCCAGCUGUUUAAAGCGAAUCAGCGUCUGCUUUUGGACUGGACCCUCAAGCAAAGUGAUGAGAUGGUGAAGAAAGGCCUGCCUAAGAAUAAAACCGAAGCUGAGAGUUUCAUAUUAGAACAUCACGACUGGAAGGCUGAAAUUGAUGCUCGUGGCGAUCGGAUAGAUUCAGUUAAGAGUUUCGGACAGAAUCUUGUGAAGUCUGGACACAGUGAUGCAGCAGAGAUUAAAGAAGCCCUACGCAAGCUGGAUGAUGCCAAGACAAUGCUUACCCGAGCUUGGGAGGACCGAAGAAAAACUCUGGAUCAAGCCCUGAAGCUCCAGAUAUUCCUGGGCUAUGCUGACCAGACUGAGAGCUGGAUGAGUAACAGGGAGGCUUUCUUGAUCAAUGAAGAUCUAGGGGGUUCAUUGUCGGAGGUGGAGGCUCUACAGAGGAAGCUGGCUCUGUUUGAGAACUCUCUAGAAGCUCAGAUGGAGCAGGUUUCAGAGGUUGACAGAUACGCUCAGCAGCUCAUACAGGCAAACCACUACGACUCUGACAACAUCAAGAAGAGGACAAAAGCUAUUCUGCUCAGGAAGGAAAGAAUACUGGAAAUCAGCAAAUCCCGGCGAAAAGCUCUAGAAGAAUCUCUUCAGUUGCAAAAGUUCCUGGAAGCAAGUUAUGAGAUUUCCUCAUGGCUGAAUGAGAAGAACUCAGUGGCUGUUGACGAGAGUUGGAAAGAUCCUAUAAAUCUGCAGGCUAAGCUACUGAAACACCAGAGCUUUGAAGCAGAGAUUCUGGCCAACCGCAACAGAGUGCAGGCACACAUUAAAGAUGGUGAUAACAUGCUGGCUUUCAGUCAUCCUGCUAAAAGCAAAAUAAAACCACGAAUAAAGGAUGUCGAUGACAACUGGGACCAGCUUUUAAGCAACUGCAAGCAUAAGAAGACACGUCUACAGCAAGCGUAUCAGGCCUUACAGUUCCAGCGUUCAUUAGGUGACAUUGAGGAGUGGCUUGGGUCGGUGGAGGUGGAAGUGGCGAAUGACGACUAUGGAGGUGAUCUGGCCUCUGUUAGCAGGCUGCUUAAGGCUCUACAGGGUCUGGAGGAAAUGGUAGACGCGCACAUGGAGAAAGUCCAGGGGCUAGUGGACACUGCCAAAGACUUCAGCUCUCAGGGCAACUUCCUCGCAGAUAAUAUACAGCAGAGGGUUUGGGAGGUGGUCAACAGGUAUAAUGGCCUGGCUGAGCCGAUGCAGACCCGCAGGGAGACUCUGGAGUCGUGGCAGCUGCUGUUCCAGUUCUACAGGGACUUAGAGGAUGAGCUGCUGUGGAUUGAGGACAAGCUGCAGGCCACGGCCACCAAAGACUGGGGCACCUCCCUACAGAGCAUACAAUCUAUAGUCAAAAAACAUCUGGUUGUGAUGCAGGAAAUUGAGAACCGAACUCCUCUAAUAAUGGCUGUACAGGAGGCAGGACAGAAUUUGGUGCGAGGACGACACUUUGCAUCACGUGAGAUCAGUGAAAAACUUUCAGGGUUAAAGAAGAACUUUGACGCCCUGAAGAAGGAGUCAGCGAAUAAAGAUCGCCUGCUUCAACAAGCACUGAAAAUCCAGAGCUUUCUCUCAGAGGUUUCCCAGUUGGAGCAGUGGAUGGAGGAACAGAAGCCUGUUUUAGAGUCCCGCGACUAUGGAAAGAAUGAGGAGGCCACUGAAGCUUUUCUCAGGAAGCUGGACACAGUUGACCUGGAGUUGGAAAGCCAGCGUGGAAAAGUAGAGGCUCUCCUGAAAACCGGCACAGAUUUAGAGAAGUCUCAGCAUCCCAACAGCCAUUUAGUGAGUAAGAGCCUUGAAGAUAUGCAGGGUGAGUUUGAGACACUACUGCAACUGUCUGGUGAACGUCGCACAGAGCUGGAGAAUCAGUACAAUUUCUACAUAUUUGAGAGAGAUGCCAGAGACCUACAGACCUGGCUCCUUUCUCGGAAGACCAUAGCAGAAUCUGAUGAUUAUGGAAAAGAUCUGGAAGGAGUGGAAGCACUGCAAAAGAAGUUUGAGGAUUUUUCAGAAGAGGUUGGGACUCUGGGCCAGAGUAAGCUGAGCACUGUUCAAAAGCUAAAGCAAAGUGUGCAGUCAGCAGAUGCACAACAAAAAGAGAAAGAUCUACUCAAGCUCUGGGAGGAUUUAAACAAGGCUAUGAAAGCAAGAGCAGAGAACCUGCAUUCAGCUCGAGAAGUUCACCAGUUUGAACAUGACCUGGAUGAGCUUCGGAUCUGGAUGAAUGAGAAGGAAGUUGCUCUGGACUCUGAGGAGCUGAAGAAUGACCUGCUUAGUGUCCAAGCUCUCAUCCGUCAACAUGAAGGACUGGAGAGAGACCUUGCAGUGAUAGAAGAAGAUGUGUCUCGUCGAAAAGAGGAGGGAAAAGCUUUGGUCCGCAGGUCACCUCGAGUAAGGGACAGUUUGAGCAAGAGACUCCAGGAAGUGGAGGAGAUCUGGAGAAACCUGCUGGAGAAAGCCAACCAGCGCAGACAAAGACUCCAACAGGCAGAGGCCGUUCAAAGAUAUCUGAUUGAAUGGAGAGAGAUGAUGGGCUGGCUGAAAGAGACACUGUCUCUGAUGACAGGGGAGGGAUUCGGAGGCAAGGUUAAAGACCUGGAACAGAUGAUUAAAAAACAUGAUGAGUACCGCACACAGAUUGACAGACAACUGGACAAAUCGGAAAUGGUUAAAAAUGAUGGGAGACGUCUGAUGGAGGAGGGGAACUCAUGGAGUCAUGAGCUUGAGGAGCGUCUAGCCGAGCUCAAGGAUCUGGAGGUGCGGGUGCUGGAGGCCUGGACUGAAAGGAGAGCUCAGUAUCAGGAAGACAUAGAGCUCCAGCAACUGCAGAGGGAACUGGAGCAGGCCGAGCACUGGCUCAACACUUAUGAGAGCGCGCUCAGAGCAGAGGACUAUGGGGAAUCAGUUUCAGAUGUUCUGGAUUUGAUGAAAAAGCAGGAAGAUCUGGAGGCCAUGAUUCAAGCACAGAGUGAGAGAUUCAAUGCCCUUCAAGCCAGAAGAACACAGAGGGAAAAUAAGAUGAAAGAAAUUCAAAGAGGUGACAGUACAGACAGCAGCAGGGACAAGCCUGUUCGUGUAACAUCCCUAAAGCGAAAGCCAUCUGAGCGGCCAGCAUUGCCCCCUCGUCCCUUGUUGACCAGUCCAGUCCUAAAGAACAGCGAUUCACCCACACCUUCCCGAGUCCCUACCCCCAGGUCUGCCUUGUGGGAAAGCAGAAGUGAUAAAACUGAUUCUCCUGUGGUGUCACGAGUGGCAGCAGGACUCAGAAGAAAGAGCAGCAGUGACAGUGAUAGUGUAACAUCACCUGACAAACCAUCCACUUCUGGUCAGGAUAGCCCUGACUCCUCCUCCACUGCGGUUUACAGACCUCAUUAUCCACACAAUGCUUCUAAGGUUAAACAUACCACAUCUUCACAAGAUGAAGUCGAUACUCUAAGAGAGACUGAAUCCUUUUUGAAAACCAUUGAUAAACCAAAAAUCACUCCUAGGCGUCAGAAACCAUCAACUCCUGAUAAAGAGUUGUGGGGUCCUCCUACAUCCAAACCACCUGAGCCACCCAUUAAACCUUCACAAUCAUUGUCCAGAUCUCCUCAGUCACUGUCCAGAUCUCCUGAACCACUGUCCAGAUCUCCAGAGCCAUUGCCUAGAUCUCCUGAGCCACUGUCCAGAUCUUCCCAGUCACAGCCCAGAUCUCCUGAACCACUAUCCAAAUCGCCUGAACCACUAUCCAGAUCUCCUGAGGCACUGUCCAGAUCUCCCGAGCCACUGCCCAGAUCUCCUCAGUCACUGUCUAGAUCUCCUGAGCCACUGUCCAGAUCUCCUGAGUCACCGUAUAUUCCUCCACUCACAAAACCUCCAUCCACAAACCCUCCUGAUCCACCAUCCAAGGCCACAGAAUUGGUGGACAACCAAGACUCAAAAGAUAGGAACCUUCCUCAAUCCACUCCACCAUCAGUCCCUCAGUCAUCACCUCAAUCUUUCGUUUCCAACCCAGAACCACAAGCGUCCUCUUCUGUGCAAUCCUCAAUAGUCUUUCCAGCUGCUUCCACCAUGAUCAGAGCAGAAGAUGCCAAAAUGGAGGGUACGUUGGAGAUUAAACUGAAGCAAGGAGGAAAUACAGGCUUGGAUCACUGGGAAACGGUCUAUGCACUACUGGAAGAGGAGACACUCAAUCUGUUUAAAGACCAAGAUGCCGCCACUGAGAACUGUACACGCUGGCCACCGAUCAAUUUGGCUGGAGCUAUUUGUAAAGACAACCCUUUUUACAGGAGAAAGGAGCACACGUUCAAACUCAUGCUGAGUGAUGGCAGUCACUAUCUGUUUGCUGCAUCAUCUCAAGGAGAACAGCAGAAGUGGCUGAAGGAGCUCCAGGAAUGUAUUAAUCCAACUGUGUCUUCAGACAAUCCUGGAAUGAAGAGAGAAUCAAGCAGUGAAAGCGUAGAGAAGAGCGAGUCUGUGCCAGUCGACACAUCUGACACACAAGACCAGGAGAAGGAAGACUCCACCGAGAGCUGUGAGACAGAGAGAGAACCACCACCAAAACCUCCACACACGUACUACAACAAACACAAAUACCCUGACGGAGGAGAGAGCCAAGACUCAGUGAGUGUGUCUCAAAAUAUAAAAGGGCUACAGCCUCCCACAUUCGCUCCUCCUCCUCCUCCAACACAAAACCAGACAGAGAAUGAAGCCAAGGCCAAAAACAGGAGCGGAUUUAUGAAGUUUUUCAGAAAAUAAUUUUUACGUAGCGGCAGAUUUGGCCUUAAUAUUGGGUUCCUAUUUAUAUUUGAAUCAAAUGUUUUAUGUGGUUGUUAUUAUGUGAUGCAAUCAGUAUUCUCUAAAAUUAAUAAUGUUUUAAUCAAAUUAUUUAAAAAAUUUUUGGGUGAUUUUGGACUUCAAAUGACUCGUAAAUUAUGAUUAAAUAUUUGUGCAGAGAAUUUGAUGAUUUACAGCAAAUGAGGAUUUUACAAAUCUUGCUAAAGUGUUGGAAAAUUAUUAUGAAUAUUUUGGUAUUUAAAUAAAAAUCAUAUGCUUACCUCUGACUGUACUUUA